CUGAUCUCAUCUUGCAAACCAAAGACCAAACUCAUCUUCUCAAGCUAAGUCAUCACCAUGUUGUCUCUUCAAGCUUAUUUCUCUAUUAUCUUUUAUAUAUCCCUUCUCAGCUUUGUCAAUGUAAACUCAGCUUCGGAUUCAAACUCUGGUCUCUGCUCUCCUUACCCAUGUAACCAACCGCCUCAACCACCUUCCUCUUCAGGCUACUCUCCAUAUGGUAAUCCUCCUCCACCGUCUUCACCGUCUUCGCCGUCUUCACCACCCCCACCGCCGCGUUCUCAAUGCCCUCCUGUUUCUCCAACAGGCUGUUGCAACCAACCACCACAGUCUACGUAUUAUUCUCCUCCGUAUCCUUACUUUUACACUCCUCCUUAUCCUUACGGUACUCUCGGCGGAGGAGACCAAAGCGGUGGCGGCCAAGGAGCUGGAGGUGGCGGAACCGUAGCAGCGGCAGCUUACUAUGCUUCUUGUUCCUUGCCGGUUUACGCUUUGAUGCUUUUGUUAUCUUGUGCUUUUGUUGUAUUCUAGAGGCAUGCAUAGGUUUAGAUAACUAUUAGUUCUGUCAAAAGCCACCUUCUUUCUCUUGUUGUUAUCUCAGACCUAGGAACAAAAUAUAAAUAAAUCAAAAGCUUUAUACGUU